AUGGGACCUACUAGUGAUAAUAACGAUGUUCAUCGUCCAGGUGCACUUAAACAACAAAAUAAACGAUUUAAAAGUGGUCGUCAUCGAUCUCAACAUGAAAUUAAACGAAGCACUAAAGGUCGAGUGGCAGAAAAAAAACAUGCACGUAGUUUAAAACGUUUAAAUGUAACAAAUAAACAAGAUCGAUUAAAUACAGCUAUUCAAAUUCGAAAACAAAAACUUCAAGCUAAUAGAGAAAUUAGACAAACAAUUGGUGCUAUUGAUGGUGUUCCACAAAUUAUUACAGUAAUACCUUUAUCAUCAGAUGUAAAUAUAUAUUCAAUUAUUGAAUUAUUAACAAAUUCAAUCGAUGAUAAGAAAUCAUUUGAUGAAGCAACUCAAUGUGGUGCAAGAAUUUAUACAUGUUCGAAACUUCGAUCAAAAUUUUGUUUUUUAACUCCAACAGUAACAAAUUUGGAAAAUGUUCUUGAUGCUGCUAAGAUGUCUGAUACAAUAAUAUAUGUGUUAUCAUCAUCAAAUGGUAUAUCAAUUGAAGGAGAUUAUUUACUUGAUUUAAUAAAUGUUCAUUGUCUUUCUGGAAAUGUUAUUUAUUCAAUAAUUGAAUCAAAUGAUGAUUCAAUGUCAACAAUAUCAUCAUCAACAUCACGAAAUUCAUCAUUAAAAAAUUUAGAAAAAUAUCUUGAAAAAAAAUUUUCAAAUGUUAAAUUAAUUCCAUUAAAUAAUCCACAAGAUGGUCAACGUCUUCUAUCGAAAUUAACUCAACAAAAAUUAAUUAAAAUAACAAAAACAUUUUCAAGACCUUAUUUAUUUGCUCAAACUUUUUCUUAUUUAAAUCCAAAGUCAUCAAAAAGUACAUUAAAAUUAAGUGGAUAUUUACGUGGAAUUGAUUUAUCUCCAAAUGAUCUUGUUUAUAUACCAAAUUUAGGAACAUUUCAAUUAGAAAAAAUUGAACAACAUCAAUUUCAACGAGAUUCCGAUGGAAUAAUAAAAACAAUUGUUGAUAAAACAUUUAUACCUGAUCCAAAGCUUCAACGAUCAUUAGUAUUUGAAGCUGAACAAGAUCCAAUGAAUUUUGAUCAAGAACAAACAUGGCCAACUAAAGAAGAUAUUCAACAAUCCGAACGUCAAUUAAAAAAACGUGUACCUAAAGGAACUUCUCAAUAUCAAGCUGCAUGGAUUCUUUCUGAUGAUGAAGAUAAUGAUUCUCUCAAUCAACAAAAUGAUUUCGAUGAAGAUCAUCAAGAAAUGAUGACUGAUUAUGCUGAUGAUCUACAAUCAAUUAAACUUGAUAAAGAAGAAGAUGAAGAAGAAGAAGAAGAAGAAGAAGAAGAAAUGGAUGAACUUGUUAUGAAUCCAAAUAAUUAUGAUGAAAAAACAGAUUUAGAAGAAGAUAAACAAACUUUAAAAAAAUUAAAAGAAGCGAAAUUAGAUGAACAAUUUCCCGAUGAAGUUGAUACACCAAUGGAUGUUCCUGCUCGUGUUAGAUUUCAAAAAUAUCGAGGUUUAAAAAGUUUUCGAACAACAAAAUGGGAUCCUAAAGAAAAUUUACCAUCGGAUUAUGGAAGAAUUUAUCAAUUUCCUAAUUUUCGUGCUAUGAUUAAACAAAUUCAAAGUGAACAAGAACAUAAUCAACAUAAACAAGAUCAUGCUCAGGUGCAUAGUUAUGUAACUCUUUAUGUAAAAGAUGUGCCUGUCAGUCGAUUUGAACCUGGUCAUCAUUUAUUUGUAACGGGUCUUUUACCAUAUGAACAAUGUUUAUCAGUAUUAAAUAUUGUUUUAAAUCGUACAAAUGAUAGUGAAAUAAUUCUUAAAUCAAAAGAACGUCUUAUAUUUCACGUUGGUUUUCGUCGUUUUGCAAGUUCACCCAUUUAUUCUCAACAUUCAAAUGGAGUUAAACAUAAAUUUGAAAGGUUUUUUCGGCCACGACAAACCUUAGUUGCAACAUGUUUUGGUCCAAUAACAUAUCCACCUGCAUCAGUUUUAGCAUUUAAACAAUUUCCUGAUGGUCGUCAAGAAUUAGUAGCAACUGGUUCUCUUCUUUCAGUUAAUCCUGAUCGUAUUAUUUUAAAAAGAAUAGUAUUAAGUGGACAUCCAUUGAAAAUUCAUAAAAGAUCAGCUGUUGUACGAUAUAUGUUUUUUAAUCCUGACGAUGUUAAUUGGUUUAAACCAAUUGAAUUACGUACACGAUGGGGUCGACGAGGACAUAUUAAAGAAUCACUUGGUACACAUGGUCAUAUGAAAUGUCAAUUUGAUGGAAUUCUUAAAUCACAAGAUACUGUAUUUAUGAAUCUCUAUAAACGUAUUUAUCCGAAAUGGACAUAUGAACCAUUGUCAAUUCAACAACAACAACAACAAGAAAAUAAUGAAGAAAAUAUGCAAUGA